UCUCGGCGGUUCACUCGAAGAGCUUGGCGCCCCUCCGCUCCCGCAGUCACUCGGGCGCCUCCAGCAGGGUUGGUCAAGCAGCCACCUUCACUUGGACUGGCUUCGUGACUUGAAUCUUGUUUCGUUCCUGCCUUGGUCUUGAGACUCGCGAAGGGGAGAGCGAAGAAGGGGAGGAUGAGUGGAGAGGACCGGAGGAACUGCCUGGGGAAAGUGAGCGGAGCUGUGACUGGCUCGCUCGAAAGGUUCUUUUACAGACACGGAAAAAAUGUCGCUUCUCACCCCCUUCGCUACAUCGUCGCCUGCUUGGCCGUCACCGCGCUGUGCUGCGUCGGGUUUUUGAACUUCAGAAUGGAACACAGACCCGAGAAGUUGUGGAUUCCACAGGAUUCCGACUACGUGAAAACCCUGGCUUGGCGAGACGAGAACUUCCCUUCGGUCCACCGGAUGGAGUUGGUGCUAUUCGAGGCCGACAAUAUUCUUAAGGCUGAGUACGUCAGGGAGAUGUUUUCGCUGCAUCAGGAUAUAAGGAACAUCGUGGUGACGAAUGACCAAGGACAGAAUCUUACGCAAGAGGACCUUUGCUUCAAGGUUCCAGCACUAGGCGGGGAAACGAGGCAAGAACUGAGGCAAAUCAAAGCCCAGAUGUUCCCCGGCCGAGAUCCGGACAACGACUUCGACUGGUCUCUGGAGUUCGACAAAUCCAUCUACUACCAGUUCUACUCCAGGAUGCCCUCGGAGUGCCUGGAGCUCAGCCUUCUGGAGAUGUGGGGCUACGACGAGGAGGUCAUCGGGGCGCUCACUGACGAGGACGUCCUUCUGGCGAUCAACACGGUCAAUAUAAGGCAAGUUGGGCGUUGCUUUUGGCUGUGGAAUAUAUAG